CCGCGAUGUUGCUAUGUUGCUACAUAAGCGCCGCUGAUUGGCUCAUCCGUAGCGCGGGCUAGUGGCUCGUUGGUUGUUUGUUACUGCUGGAAGAAGCUGCAGAUUUCGUGUCGAAUGUUUUCACGAUGAACAAAAGGAUAAAUCCAGUUCUGGAUGCUAAACAACACGUGUGUGCAAGAAGAGACAAAAAUAAUCUGGAAAGCAGAUUCAUAAACACCAUAAAAGGAUACGGAGUGUUUGCCACUGCGCGGAUUGAGGAGGGAAGUUUUCUAGUGGAGUACAGAGGUGUUCUGCGAGAUCCAGGCCAAUGUGUCCCUGAUGCGUAUUCGUACUACUUUAUAUAUAACCACACACGCUAUUGCAUUGACGCUUCAGUGGACGAUGGAUCUCUCGGGCGGCUCGUUAACGAUGACAGUAAUCCCAACGCGAAGGCCAAGGUCAUCUCUAUCAACCGCAUCCCACAUUUGUGUUUGUUUGCUCUACGGGACAUUCAGCCCGGGGAGGAGAUCACGUACGACUAUGGGGGUUAUGACCUGCCCUGGCGCAGAGGAACGUGGCUGAGUAUGGAGAACAACUCUCAGUUUGACAGUAACCACAGAAAAGAGACAGAAGGUCAGCAAGAGCAGGAAACCUCUAUAAAGGGGACAACAGCAUCACAGACAAACGUGGAGUGUGAAGAAGUGCCAAUGCGAACUGAUAAAACUACACAGACAACAGAACAAAACGCAUCUGUUGAUGACAUGAUGUGGAACUAUAUUCCGUAUCAGUGUCUGACAACAGACGAUCAGAGAAUCUGUGAAAAUCAACUGCUCCUGAUCCAGAAAACACCCGUAACUCAGCAGAUACUGUUUGAGGAGGGCAAGAGGACCAAUGAAGACCCUGCUACUUCUAGGCAGAUCUUGGAACUGCAACAGACCUCAAUGGAUGUUGAACCAUGUGUGAAAGAACAGUCUGGUCCAGUGUCAGCAGCACAGAUGACAAAUGAAGUGAGAGAGAUGGAGUGCAAUGAAGAUGCAAACCCGGUGUCAUGCCACGAACCAUGUGUGGAAGAACAGUCUUGUCCAGUGUCGGCUACACAGACCUUGGAACAGCAACAGGCGCAUAUGCAACAAGUUGACCAAUGUAAGGAAGAUCAGGAGUCUUCCCCACUGUCGGCUGCACAGAGCACAUGUGAAGAAAAGCAGCUCACGGGUCAGGAUGAACAAUGUCGAAUACAGGCUGGUGAAGAGACUGAGCAGCAGCUGUGUAAUAAUGAUUCAUCUCGGACACAGAACGCUACACAGUCUGAAGCUGAUUUAGACUCUAGACGCGAUAGCAGUAACGAUGAAACGGAGUCAUCAGAUGAAGAUUUCAUACCCAACUCCGAAUCGGACGACGAUUCCGACGGAGAGAGGCCGAAAAAGAAGUCUAAAGCUACAGACACCUCAAAGGAUACAGAGGAACAGGCAAUGCCUCCAGUUCCGAAUCCUUCAGUCAUACAGGCUACAAAGCUUAACUUUUGUUUUGUUUGUGGAAAGGCUUCCACAAAAAUAUCAAGGCAUUUAAAAUUACACAGAAAAGACAACAUUGAGAUUGCAACUGCUUUUGAGCUACCGAAGCGCUCAAAGCAGAGGUUAAACCUCCUUGAAGUACUAAGGAACAGGGGGAACUACCAACAUAACAACUCAGUUCUCAUACAAGGCUCCGGACUGAUAAAAGCGAGACGAAAGCCGAAAGAUGGCAUUGAUGCACAGAAGUUUGAAAACUGCAUGUACUGUAAAGGUCUGUAUAUGCGUAAAGUACUCUGGAAGCAUGUGAAACGCUGCCCAUCGAACCUUGAGAGAGACACUCUAAAGUCUUCAAGAUUUGUUUUAGGUUUGGCCGCUUUAUCAAAAUGCCCGCAUCUGAAAAACAUGUCGGAGGACGUAAAGAAAAUGGUAUGUGAUAUGCAUCAGGAUGAAGUUGCACAGGUUGUCAGAAAUGAUGAGUACUUAUUGAAACUGGCACAGGAUUUCUUUGACAAAAAGGGCAGUAGCAAAGAAAGACACUCGUUCGUUAGACAAACCGUUAGAUGCAUUGGAAAGUUUUUAGUCCUUUUGCAGAAUAAAUUUGCCAUAAGGAACCUAGCAGAGGCUGUAAAACCCUCCAGCUUUACACUAGUUAUUGAAGCGAUCAAAGAAAUCGCUGAAUUUAACGAGGAAACAAAAUGCUAUGCAAUACCAAGCCUUGCACGCAGAAUUGGGCUUGCUUUGAGGAAAUAUUGCAUCUUGAGCGCACAGAAAGCAUUUGCAGUUGGAGACAAUAUACUAAUACAGGCAACUAGCACGUUUAUGGACCUUUUUAAUAAUGCAAAUUUUGCUUUAGGUGAAAAAAGGGGCCUAAAUAUACAGUCCAAGUCUCUUUUACUGCCAUUCGUUAACGACGUGAGAAUAUUUUACUGCUAUCUGGAAAAGGCUUUGCAGAGUGCACUGAGGGAACUGAGGGAAACCCCGUCUGCUCAGAGUUACGCUGCCCUUUGCAAAGUGACCCUGGCACAAAUCCUGAUGUUUAAUCGCAGAUAUGGAGAAGUCUCACAGAUGACCAUCAAAAGCUUCCAGAAGAGAGACCUAGUGCAGCCUCUUGAAAUCUCUGAGCUACUAACAGAACUGGAAAAAGUGUUUUGUAAAGAGGAGCGUAAAAUUCUGGUUCGUUGGAAAGCAGGAGCGCAAGUGCCGACCAUUUUAACUUCAGACAUGAUCAACGCAAUUAUGCUCCUGACUGAAAAGAGAGAGCAAUGCAAUGUCUCCAAAAGCAACAUAUUUGUGUUUGGGCAGACCAGAAGUAACAGGUUCUACAGAGGAGAAACUGCAUUACGAAUCUGUGCCCAUGAGUGUGGUGCGACGUAUCCUGAGAAUCUGAUAUCCACCGAAUUCAGCGCACACAUUUCUACACUCACCCAAAUCCUUACCUUGAAGAACCAUGAGCUGAAGAAGCUGGCCAAAUUUAUCGGCCAUGAUAUAAGCCUGCGUAAAGAAUACUACAGACAAAGUGAAGCCAUUCCUCGCUUGGCCAAAAUCUGCAAACUUGUUUUUGCCAUAGAGAAGGGAAGCGCAUCUGAGAUGAUUAAACAGUCUCUAGAUGACAUCGAAUUACCAGAGGAGAUCAGGGAGAGUGACAGUGAAGAUGAAUAUUUUGAGGACGACAAUACAUUUCUCGAAGAUCGGGCUGCAAGACGCAAACUCGCAUUAGAGAAUCUGGCCAAAUAUAAAGCCCCUAAAAUAAAUUGUUUUGCAUCUUCGCCGAAACGUAAGAAACAGGUUAAGGAAUCUACAGCUAAGGAAAACAAAUCUACAUUUAAAGAAGAUGAUAUACAACCUACAACUGAAGAUCCUGAAGAAACCUGCUCAGGAGCAGCAACUCAAGACGGUCAAGAAAAAAGUGCCGUGGACCAGAGAAGAGAAGCAUGCAAUCAUGAAGCAUUUCAGAAGACACAUUUACUACGGAAAACUGGCAACGGUAAAUGAAUCUCGACGAUGCCAAAUGCUGGAGCAACCUGUGCUGAACGAGAGGACUAUACAGAAAAUCAGAGACUUUGUAAGAAACGCUGGGGUUUCCUUCAAGAAGAAAAGGGCAGCACAGAGGAAUUUAGCUUUAGCUUCUCAUCG